AUGAACGAUCAUGAAAGUAGUGAUUCUAGCAGUGAUGAAUUUUAUGAGAAAAUUAAAGCUUAAGUAACUAACGAUUCUAAAUUAAGUUAAAUAUCAUGGAUGAUGAAGAGAAGAGUUCAAGAAUUGUAAGCAGAAAUGAAGUAUUACCAAAAGUUGCAUUUGCUCCUCCAGAAUCCAAAGAACAAAGAGAAUUCAAUUUCAAUUAUAAACAUUCAGAUCGAAUUCAACUGAUUGGCAAAAUUGAAUCCAUUACAAAAGAAAAUGUUAUCAUUUAUUCCAAUCUUUUGGAAUUUGUCAUCAAUUUAGAUCAAUUGAUAGUUAAUGGCUAAUAAGAGAUCUUGGGAAAAGUUGAUGAUGUCUUUGGUAAAGUUGAAAGACCGCAUUAUUCAAUUUUGUUGGAUGGAUAUGUAAACAACCUAAUUUAAACUAAUUAACUAAAAAUUGGCGAUGAUGUCUUUAUUAAUAUUGAUAGCACUUCUGUUCUUAAUCCAGACGCUAUCAAAUAAUUACUUAAGUAAUUAUUAAUGUUAUCAAAAGUAAAAAAGGCUGUGAUGCUUCUAAUUAAUUUGAUGAAGAAGUGCUUAAUGAUUGCGAUGUUGAAUAUUCAGAUGAUGAGAUCGAAGCUGUAUCUAAAAGAAGAGGAAACAAAGAAGAAGGAGAGGUGAAGAAAAAUAAUAAAAAAAAAGAAAAACAUCCUAACUAAUAAAAGCAUGAUAAAUAAUUACCAUUUCCUUAAUAAAAUUAUAAAGUCUAAGGUAAUAACCAGUAAACAUAAUAAUAACAAUAACAAUAAUAAAUGAUGUAAAUGUAACAUUCUAUGCAGUAAUAACAAUAUUAUUAAUAAUUGUUUCUUUAAUAGCAGAUGUAAUUGUAAAUGCAAUAAUAAUAAUAAUAUUAAUAACUAAUAUAAAAUUAGUAGGCUUUUCCAUAAUAAUAAAUGCAAUAGCCUUAGUACAUGUAACAAAUAUAUCCGUAACCUUAAUAAUUAUAGCCAAAUCCUCAAUUAAAUCUCCCUUAUAAUUCAUAAUAAAUUAAUUAAUAACUAAAUUAGAACUUAAAUUCCCUUUUCUAAAAUAUUAAACCGCAAGAUUAAUGA